AAACAAAUGACCCAAGAAAUCCGUUAACUAAUUUUGAAUAGCUCGGAAGCAUCUAUCUAUCAAUGGAGGAGAGCGGCAACAAUGGCGGCGUGAGCGUUAUUUCUCGAGUGAAGCUCGAUCAGGUUGCCACAUGGGUUGUCUCCGCCUUCUUUACCUCUCUUGAACGCUGCGCUUGCCUCAAUCUCUCCACCACCGAUCUCGACGACGAUGACGAGGCUAAGGAUCUUCCUCUCGUCGUCUCCGCUGCUCCCCAUCCCUCCGAAGACAUUGUGUAACUGUCAGUACUCUCCAAUUCCAAUUCCAUUAUUCUCUAAGUUUCGUUAGGAAUGGGUUUAUUCAUUGCUAAUAUAAAUCUGUUGACCUUUUUUGGUUUUGUAACGAAUAAUGUUGUUAUUGAUGAUGAGAAAGGAAUUUUGGAUGCUUUUGAUCCUAAUCUGCAUUUCGUCUUCUUCUGUGUGUUUCUUGAUCAAGAACUUAAAAAGCUUAGGCAUGUAUGUAUCUCCCAAAUCGUUUCAAGAUGAUGAUCUUGAAAUUCCAAAAGUAGUCACCUUUUUGUGCAUAUAAACAUAGUUAAAUAGUUUCCAAGAUUGAAAUAAACAGCCUCUGAUUAC